CCGGAAUAAGGGCAGCACGCAUGUGCCGUGAACCCGGAUGCAUCAGGACUUGUUUGAAUAAAGAACAAAAGCAUCGGGCUGAAAAUGCAUGAUCGAGAUUGUUAUUAGAAAGUAAAGGAAUCUGGUUCCGGUCCGGGUAAAGUACCAGCGCUCGUUGUAAAUGAUUGAUUACAGUAACUCACACGUUGGACUUUUAAUAUUUGAAUGCAUUUGCUUUUAGUCAUAUAAACGCGGUGCCAUACCAAUGCGUGAACAUACUUGCAGCAGUCUAUAAAUAUAACACUGUGGCUUUAUCUGUAGUGCUGCAAUGCAUCUGAUUCACGUCUACGGUAAAAAGUAUGAACGCGGCAGCAACUGGUCCGAACCAGAGGUGCUGGAGCUGCUGCAGAUCUGGUCGGACGUGCCGGUCCAAACCGAGCUAGUGACCUGCCUCAGAAACCAGCAUGUGUUCAACCGAAUCGCCAGCACCCUGCGGCAGAAGGGCAUCAAUCGCACCGGGGAUCAAUGCAGGGAGAAAAUCAAAAAGUUGAAGCUGGAGUACAAGCAGAAGACUUUGAGAUCGGCGAGGUAUUACGAGCUGAUGGAAAGGGCGCAGAGCAACCGAUCCGCGGCAACCUCCGGUUCCACUUUGCCUUUAUGGGGCGGCACGGUGACGACUCCGGUACCCGGACUGCAGGGGUCAGAGGCGCCGGGUCACCCGCCCAGAGCAGGUGAAAUGCUGGAGAUCAAGACGGAGGUGAUGAGCUCUGAUGACGAAGCGGCCGGCCCGCCUGAGAUGCUCUAUGAGUUCGGACCUGUUGAUGAGGAUGAUGAAGCCGGCGCUGCUGAACAUAAACAUACGGGGCCAAACACAGAGGAGAACACUGAGAUGGACGGAGAGCAGGGAAACACACAUGUCAUCUGUUCCCCAUCAGAUUGCAGCGACCAGAACAUGACUGGCUCCUCCGGCGCGGGUGUAUCCCCGGCAACGGCUCCCAUGGCGAUGAGAGACGGAGGUAGCCAUGGCGACCAAGAAGGGGGUUCCGGAUCAUUCCAUCAGAGGAAGCGUCGCCGAGUGGGACGUGGGGGCGAUGGGGUGUUAUCGAACGCUCUGGCUGGAUAUCUAAGCUGGCAACAGACAGCAGAAGAGCGUUUCCUGGCUCUGGAGGAGGCCCGGAUGCGGCAGGAGGCACGGGCCGAGGAGCGGCGGGAGCAGCAGGAGGAGAGGCGAGCGAAGCAAGAGAGAGACCAUGAGUUUCGUCUAAUGUCCAUGUUAACCAGAGUCCUGAGUACAUCACGUGGGACGGAAGACCAGAGCGCGUCCACCAGCAGGGAAACGAUCCCGGUGCCCAGCACGUCACAAAACUUGUUUCCCUCUUUGUUACCUAACAGUGCCAAAGCUGUACCCAGCAUGCCUUGGGUUGAUCAGACGGCCCAGUACAGCCCGUAUCUGUCUCGGCGUGGCAACAGCAUGCGGCUGCACCAGGGAAUCCUGCAGGAAGGCUACAAUCAGUAUCACACCAACAAGCACGAUGAGAAUUCAAACCAUCAUGGCAUUAUAAACUUAGGAACCAGUGAAAACAAGCUGUGCUUCGACCUCCUGCAGAACAGGCUGAUGCGACCCGAUAUGCUUCACAUUGAACCUUCUUUCUUACAGUACCCCAAUUGGAAAGGCCACAGUUUCCUUCGAGAGGAAGUUGCUAAGUUCCUGUCAGACUAUUGCCGCUCUCCCAAACCUCUAAAACCUGAGAAUGUUGUUGUCAUGAACGGUUGUGGGUCUCUGUUCUCGGCUUUGGCAGCUACGCUCUGUGACCCAGAAGAUGCCAUUCUCAUCCCGUCGCCCUUCUAUGGUGCAAUAACAGAGGACGUGGGCUUGUACAGCAGUGUCAAACUACAUCACGUGCCACUUUAUAGUGAGCCCACAGGAAGUGAUGUCAGACCGUUCCAGCUAACUUUUGAGAAACUGGAAAACUCCCUUAAAGAAGCCAAGAAAGAGGGAUUGAACAUCAAAGCCCUUAUCCUGUUAAACCCCCACAAUCCACUGGGAGAAGUAUACUCGUCUGAAGAGAUGAUCAGCUUUCUGCAGUUUGCCAAAAUGCACGAGCUUCAUGUGAUCGUGGAUGAGAUUUACAUGCUGUCUGUGUUCAACGAGACGGACACAUUUCGCAGUGUUCUCAGCUUGGAUGGGUUGCCAGAUCCACAGAGGACCCACGUUAUGUGGGGCUUCAGUAAGGACUUUGCUAUGUCAGGCAUGCGAGUUGGCAUGGUCUACUCGGCGAAUAGAGAAUUGGUUCAGGCCCUGGAUCAGCUUGGCUUCCUCCACGGAGUCCCAGGACCCACACAGUACCAGAUGGCCCAGCUUAUCAGAGACAGAGACUGGCUGAAUAAUGAGUUCCUCCCGGAGAACAGACGUAGGCUACGAGAAGCUCACAGCUUCAUGACAGAAGAGCUGAAGAAACUAGACAUACCUUUCUUGCACAGGGGCGCGGGUUUCUUCAUCUGGGCGGACUUGAGCAAGUAUCUGAAAGAGAAGACAUUUGCUGAGGAGCUGUCUCUGUGGAGGUGUUUCCUCAAGCACAAGGUCCUGCUGAGCUGCGGUCAGGCCUUCAGCUGCGUGUCUCCAGGCUGGUUCAGAAUCAUCUUCACUGAUCAGCUGCAUAAAUUACAACUAGGUGUGCAGAGGAUUAGAAACGCAUUAGAAGAACUUAAGGGCUCUUCAGUGCUUGAGACGCAGGGGACGACGAGCGACGAACAGGAUGAGAGCCGUAGGACAGCGAGGAGGGAAGACACUAAGACGACAGAUGAGUGCAAAGACCAAACACUCAAGACUUCAAGUGUUCAAACCAAAAUUGACACUGUCCACAUUAAGACAGAACCCGUCUCAUUGGCUGAUGAGAACUUUACUGUUAUUAACGGCCAAUCCGACAUCCGCUCAGAGAGUCUGGACUCUCUGAUUGGUACUCUGCGACAGCAGAUCCACACAUCUGAUUGGCUGGAGAAGCACAAGCCCGAGUUAGCAGCUGGACAGGACCCAACACAAUUGGAUGUUUUCACAGACCUACUAGAUAAAGCCAGGAAAUAGAUGAACAGUUGGUGGAAACAAGUUAGUGCAACAAAACUGUCAAUACGAAUGCUUUUUUAAUGAAUGAUACUUUCACCUUAUGUACAGUUUAGAGGCAAAUCUGUAGUUGCAGAAACAACACAGCAGCGAUCCCUGUAAUUAGACAUUGAAACAAUUAUGGAGAGUCACUACAGCAUUAUAUGAAAAUGUUGUUAUUGUCGGAUGUUUUUGUACUUUAAUUAUUACUCUGGCUGUCGCAGUAAUUGGAGACUGCCCCUCAAAAAAUUCAUAAGCAUCCAAUCUAUUGUCUUCGAAAUUAUUCAAAAAGGGUCUUGAAUUUUGUAUAAUAGAAAUAUAUUGUAACUUUCAGUACCUAAACCUUGGUUUUCAUUGCUGUUUGCUGCAAAAAAUUCUAUUUUUGUCCUAUUUUAUUCUCAAAAUACAUUUUUAAAUUAGACUUUUCAGUGAAAAUGUUUAAAAUAAAAAAAACCUUGAAACAAGAUUAAUUUACUUCAGAAACUGUACUUUAUAAUGUAUGUUUUUCAAGAAGUUCACUUCCAGAACAGAAAUUUACAGAUAAUUUACUCACCCCCUUGUCAUCCAAGAUGUUUGUGUCUGUCUUUCUUUAGGCAAUAAGAAAUGAUGUUUCUUGAGGAAAACAUUUCAGGAAUUAUUUCCAUAUAUUGGACUUCAAUGGUGCCCCCAAGUUUGAACUUACGAAAUGCAGUUUAAAUGCAGCUUCAAAUGGCUCUAAACGAUCCCAACCAAAGAAAAAGAGUCUUCUCUAGCAAAAGGAUUGGUCAUUUUUGAAACAAAUUGACAAUUUAUAUACUCUUUAACCUCAAACGCUCGUCUUGUCUAGGUCUGCGUGAACUGUUUUUUUUUUCCAGGUCAAUACAGUUAGGGUAUGUCGAAAAACUCCCAUCUAAUUUUCUUCCCCAGCUUCAAAAUCGCCUUACAUCGCUGCGGAAGUACCGACCCAAUGUUUACAAAGUGAACAUGCAAAGAAGAUCAAAUGCACUGUACAAAAAAAAGGUAAAACAGCGAUGUAGGACAAUUUUGACGUUGAAGAAGAAAACGAGACGGGAGUUUUUCGACCUACACUGUAAAAAAACAAUUUGUUGAGUCAACUUAAAAUAAUUUGUAACUUGGCUGCCUUAAAAUUUUAAGUUCAGUCAACUCAAAAAAAGUUUAUUCAAAUUGAAAUAUUAAAUUAUACUAAGUGACAACUUAGAUAUUUAAGUUGGAUCAACUUAAAAUUUUAAGGCAGCUAGGAUACUUACCCAUCUGUUAAGUUUAGCAAACACAAAUAUCUAAGUUGUUACUUAGUGCAACUUAACAUUUCAAGUUGACUAAACUUAUUUUGGUUGACUGAACUUAAAUUUUAAGGCAGCAGGGUAACAAAUCAUUUUAAGCUGACUCAACAAAUUGUGUUUUUUAUUUUUUACAGUGUACCCUAACUGUAUAGACCCGGAUUACACAGACUACUCAUGCGUGUCACAGAGAAUAGAUGAGCGUUUGAGGUUAAAAAGUGUAUAAAUUGUCCAUUUGUUUCGAUCGUUUCACUAGAUAAGACCCUUCUUCCUUGGCUGAGAUCGUUUGGUGCCCUUUGAAGCUGCAUUUUGGAAGUUCAAACUUGAGGGGCACCACUGAAGUUCACUAUAUGGAGAGAAAUCCUGAAAUGUUUUCCUCAAGAAACAUAAUUUCUUAUCGACUAAGGAAAGAAGGACGAACAUCUUGGAUGACAAGGGGGUGAGUAAAUUAUCUGUACAUUUUUGUUCUGGAAGUAAACUUCUUUUUUAAUAUGAGUGCAUUUUAUUUGAUAGUAUAGCAAGACAAUGCUAUUCAAGAUACUUCACAUCUUAUAAAGUGUUUGUAUCUUCAGUAAAUUGAUCUAGUUUUAAGGCUUUUUAGAUAUUUUACCAAAAAGACUAAUUAAAAACUCAUUAAGAAGCAUUUUUGGCAGUGUUCCUAACUUUGUGUAGCACCUACAACUCUACACGUCCACCCAAAGGGUCAGAUUAUUAGAAACAAUAGAAAGAUGUUCAUUUUUAGGAAGAUCCCUGAUCAUUUCAAUCUGAUCAUAACAGUUUAAGUGGCAGAAAUCCGUUUUGGCUUUGCAAAGAGAAUUUUAUUGAAAAACAAAUUUAUUGACAGCCAGUCUGCAAAUGCAAAGUUCUGGUGCUCAUUUUUAUAUAAUCGUCUUAAAUGCAAAGCACCAGAUAGACAUUUUAAUGUUUUGGAGAGAGUGCAAACUUUUUUCUUUUGUUUUCUGUAAAUUACUGUUUUAUUGCACAAAAAAAUAUUGCUAACUGUAUAAAGUAAACCUCAGGGGGAGAAUAAUGUAUGAUAUGACCCUUCUAAAUUGAUUUUAAAUCAUUUUAAAAUUCUGCUGGGGGGAAAUAAAACAUUUUAUUGACUUGGCUAUCAGUUUCGAGAUGAAAUGUGAUGUUUCUUUACUUUUUGACACUUUGCAACAUGAAUUUGUUCCAUAAAUGCCUUUUUUGAUACCAUGGUUGCUUGUAAGUUUUCAUCUUCCAAGGAAAAUGCCUUGUUUCAGAUCUCCAUUGGUGUUAAAUGUUGUAAGGGCUCCUGACUGAAUGAAUGAAUCAAUCGUCAAUUAAAAAGUUUUAUGUUAAAUUAUA